CAGCCAUUUGCUUCCCAGGGUACAGCUCUAUCGUUGAGGUCGAGGGGAGGCGAUGGAGAACGAGGGGGCGGCAGCUCGUGUACGCCGACCAGAAGGAAGGUACCGAUUCGGUUCGGCCCGGCGACGGCGGCCCGGCGACUCCAUCCUCUCACCCGCCCGCGCCGGAGAGGCCCAGACCCGGGCUGGCGGCGCUUGCCUCCCAAGCUUGGAUCCGGCGCUGGCAAGGCCAGAUCCGGCGGCGGUGAGCUCGGCGCCUGCGCCUCCACGCCGAGCUCGGCGCGGCCCUCCGCACGUUGGAUCCGUUGUUCGCGAGGCCGGAUCCGGUGGCGGUGAGCUCGGUGCCUGCGCCUCCACGUCGAGCUCGGCGCGCCUGCUAGCGCCGCCGCCCCGUCGGGGCUGGUGGGCGGCGGCGGCGGCGCGUUCGGGCGGGACGCCGUCUGGUGGGUCGCGGCGGCGGAGGCGAGGGGCGCUUGAGCCUCCGCGCCGUCCCACUCCCCGCAAUGGGCCUCGCCGGCCUCUGCUCGCUCUCCCUCAACGAGGACCACACCAACGAGGACGACGCCGGCCCCAUGUGAGCGACUGCGCGCUGCCCCGAUCCAUUCCCGACGCCACCCCGCCAGAAAGUCUCUCACCUUCGUCGUCGUGCCCAAAACCCAGCAGCCCCAAUGGCCGCCACCCCGCCGGCCCCGGCGCCGCCAUGCAUCCUCCUCGCCGGUGACGCCCACGGCCGCCUCCACCAGCUCUUCAAGCGUGUUAAAUCGGUGAACCAGUCGACGGGGCCGUUCCACGCACUGCUCUGCGUGGGGCAGUUCUUCUCCCCCGAAGCUGACGCCGAGGGGGCGCCGGGGGACGUCGCGGACUACCUGGAGGGGCGCGCCGCCGUGCCCAUCCCGACCUACUUCACCGGCGACUACGGCCCGACGGCGCCGCGGCUGCUGUCGAAGGCCGCCGCUGGCGCGCGCGGGUUCACACCGGGCGACAUCGAGAUAUGCCCCAACCUCUUCUGGCUCAGGGGCAGCAACCGUUUCACCCUCCAUGGUUUGUCGGUGGUUUAUUUGUCGGGGAAGAAGGGACCAGGAGGGCCUGGCUGCUACAGCCAGGAUGAUGUCGAUGCCCUGCGGGCUCUUGCAGAAGAGCCAGGAAUCGUUGAUCUGUUCUUGACUAACGAAUGGCCAACUGGAGUGGUGAACGGGGCUGACACUUCUAAUGUGCCUAAUCAGGUUUUUGAUCCUCAUGGGUAUGAUCCUGUUGUUGCUGAAUUGGUUGCCGAGAUUAAGCCAAGAUCAAUGCCGGCGCCGAGAUAGAUGCUGCGCUAGGUCCGGCACAAGAAUAUCUUGAAGCAUGUUGAUGCAGAUCAUCUGUGUGCUAAAUUAGAUACAUUAACAUGUACCAGUACAUGUGCGGCACGCAGUUGUUCUUUGACCAUAUUUCAGAAAUUCCUAUCAAUUUUGUAUUUCUAUCAUCAAUAUAAAUUAAUUUGCUCUCAUGCUCCGGUGCUGGAUGGUACCGGGUAAAUUGGUUAAUGUGUAGCAUCUGCACUGUGUAUUGGGUAAAAAAAGUAUCAAUUUCAUAUUGGCAAUACAAAUAAAUACAUAUAAA